ACACGGCUUACGAGUAGUGUCACGCACGUAUAAGUUUAAAAAAUUCAAAAUCCUGUAUAUAAGGUUCAUGUUUUAUAGUUGUUUUUAAACGUGAUAAAAUGCUUAGAUAAGUCCAAUCGCUGCCGAACAAUAGUUCCAUGUGUGACACCUCUUCGCCAAGUUGGAGUUGAUAGGUCUAACGUGAAAGGGAUACCACUCGCCACCUGGAUUACACUCUUAAGGCGUUUCCCCAAUGUCCAUCAGGAGAGCUUCGAAUUUAUAGAAAAGUUGAUUUCGUAAAAUACAACGAAGAUGAAAACAUGCAAAUAAUACAGAAUUUACUAGAUUACGAAGGAUUGAUUGUGUAAUUGGCAGAAAUGGAGGGAAUAUUAAGGAUUUCGCUGUUAUUGUGUGUGAUUGCGACUCUGAGUCCAGUAAAAUCAUCCGAGGAUGAGGAGCGACUCGUUCGAGAUCUCUUCCGAGGAUACAACAAAUUAAUUCGGCCUGUACAGAAUAUGACCCAGAAAGUGGAUGUACGUUUCGGUUUGGCAUUCGUUCAACUAAUCAAUGUGAACGAAAAGAAUCAAAUUAUGAAGUCCAACGUUUGGCUGCGUCUAGUAUGGAGUGACUACCAGCUGCAGUGGGACGAAGCUGACUAUGGCGGCAUCGGGGUAUUGCGUCUUCCACCUGAUAAAGUUUGGAAACCCGAUAUUGUCCUGUUCAAUAACGCCGAUGGCAACUACGAAGUUCGAUAUAAAUCCAACGUUCUUAUUUACCCCAAUGGAGAAGUACUUUGGGUACCGCCAGCUAUUUACCAAAGUUCCUGUACUAUAGAUGUCACAUAUUUUCCGUUCGAUCAGCAAACGUGCAUCAUGAAGUUCGGCUCGUGGACAUUCAAUGGGGAUCAAGUAUCAUUGGCAUUGUAUAACAAUAAGAACUUUGUCGACCUUUCGGAUUAUUGGAAGUCUGGAACGUGGGAUAUCAUCGAAGUACCGGCCUACUUGAAUGUUUACGAGGGAAACGGCAAUCAUCCGACUGAAACUGAUAUCACCUUUUAUAUCAUAAUACGUAGGAAGACACUGUUCUACACUGUCAACUUGAUUCUUCCAACCGUAUUGAUUUCAUUUCUCUGCGUCCUGGUGUUCUAUUUACCCGCCGAAGCGGGAGAAAAGGUCACAUUAGGUAUUAGUAUCCUUCUGUCACUGGUUGUGUUCCUGUUGCUGGUUUCGAAGAUUCUACCGCCUACGUCACUUGUUCUUCCACUCAUUGCUAAAUAUUUACUUUUCACCUUCAUCAUGAAUACAGUAUCAAUUUUAGUAACCGUUGUUAUCAUCAACUGGAAUUUCCGAGGUCCUCGUACACAUCGAAUGCCAAUGUGGAUUAGAUCCGUUUUUCUUCACUAUUUACCAGCCUUUUUACUAAUGAAACGUCCACGAAAAACACGUCUUCGUUGGAUGAUGGAAAUGCCUGGAAUGAGUGUUCCACCAAAUCCGCAUCCAUCCUAUGGUUCUCCAACGGAAAUACCGAAACACAUAAGUGCCAUUGGAGCAAAACAGGCUAAAAUGGAAGUCAUGGAACUCUCUGAUUUACAUCAUCCAAAUUGUAAGAUUAACCGCAAAAUGAAUUGCGGAGGAGAACUUGGAGUUGGCGAUUCUUGCCGGAGAGAAAGCGAAAGCUCUGAUUCGAUCCUUCUGUCACCGGAAGCCAGCAAAGCAACAGAAGCAGUUGAAUUUAUAGCGGAACAUUUAAGGAAUGAGGAUUUAUACAUUCAGACUCGUGAAGAUUGGAAGUACGUUGCCAUGGUAAUCGACCGUCUUCAACUCUACAUAUUUUUCAUAGUAACAACCGCUGGUACAAUUGGUAUUUUAAUGGAUGCGCCACAUAUCUUCGAAUACGUAGAUCAAGACCGAAUCAUAGAAAUUUAUCGUGGAAAAUAAAGUGAAACGAUGUGGGUAGUUAGUCGUAUUCCACAGCUCACAACAUUAAGGUAUUCGAAACAUAAAACGUAAUCAAUUAAUCUAAUUUAUGUAUAGCUCGUGAAGAAGAAACCAUUUAAACAUAAAACCUGAAGGAAAAAGUCAGUUUAAAUGUGAAACUGUUUCCAAAGCUGCUUUUCGUUAUCGGUAAGGUUGCGAAAAAAAAGUAUUAUUUAUAUAUUUCAUAGACCGCCAAGCCUUACCCCACAUUACAACGACGUCACUUCUCAACCGAAACUCAUUUCUUCCUUCAAGGACAUAACAUAGUACUCACUUCUUCUGACUCCGAAAUAAAUGCAUAAGUAAGCUCACAACUCAUCAAUCUAUUACGCAAUACAUAUGAAUUGCUCAAAGAUACAUUUAAGUUAUUGUUACGAAUUCAACAAAACUCACAUGAAUCAAUCGAGAGGCACGAAUAACAAACUUAACUCUAACAAAUAAUUUAGAUAAGAACAAUAAAUAAUAAAAAAACACCAAAAGAUUUAAAGAGAAUACCCCAUGCUGCUUGCGGUUAUUUCAGACACAGGAAAUAUUCUACUUGUAUUCGGUUCAACUAAAAGAUUUUUAUUUAUUUGAUAUUUGAUAAAAUAGCACCAAAAUUUAUAUAAUCGAUAUCUACUGUUGAACUUUUUAAGAUACAAAAAUAACAAUAAAAACAGGUGCCAACCUUACGUGUUUCGAUAGUAUUUAUAAACAAACACAGAAAUGUAAGAUUUUAGUUACGAGAAUGCUCUAGUGAUUCUGGUAGGACUUUCUUUUGCAAAAGGAAUGUAUUUGAUUAAAAAAGAUAUUAUAAAACCUUUUUUCACCAAGUCUUUGAAAAAAAAAACAAAAACAAAGUGAAAAGUAUUAAUGCGUACAGAUUAAUAAUGGUAACUAUUAAAAGUAUAUGUAAAAAUUAACAUUUUUAUCAAAUAAGGAACAUCAAUGUUAACAUUAAUAAAUAGAAAGAAUUUAAAAUUCAAUGUAAAAUUAUAUUAAAGACAAAACACGUUUUCUCCAUUUUGUACUUUUUCAAUUUACGUAAAAUAAAAUGAAGAUGGUACUUAAUAUUAGUGAAGUCAUAAAUUAAUAAACGCAUAGUAACUGACAACUAAACAGAUUGUUUUAAACGGUAAUUUUAGAAGCAAAAAUGUUGAAUUUAUUUUAGAUGGAAAAAUCAAAGAAUAUCGGAUAUAGUUUUUCCAAAAAUUAUCUAAAUUUCCUUUUUUGACUGUGUGAGUUAACAGUAUCUACGUUAGGAAUUAUUUAACAUGAAACAUUCAAGUAUUAUUGUUGUGUUUCUCCCGAAAUUUCUAUUGAAUCGAUUCGUAUACGCAUAUGUGAAAAUUUUCAGUUAGUAAAAAUUGGACUAUGGAAAAAAAUAAAAAGUUAUUACA